UUUUCACUCUCUCCAAUAGAACUCUUAACUCCAGAGGGGAAGAAAGGAGAUGGCAGUGGAUAUGGGUGUUGGUGGAACUAUAGGGUCAUGGAGAGAGGUGAGGAGCCUGACGGGGCAAGUACUCUCAGGGAGAUGGUUCAUGGUGUUCGCAUCUCUCCUGAUCAUGUCAGCAGCAGGUGCAACUUACAUGUUCGGUCUCUACUCCAACGUGAUCAAAACAUCUCUGGGCUACGACCAAUCUACCCUCAACCUUAUCAGUUUCUUCAAGGACGUGGGUGCCAACGUCGGCGUUCUCUCCGGGCUCAUCAACGAAGUCUCCCCUCCCUGGGUGGUCCUAGUCAUCGGCGCCGUCAUGAACUUCGGUGGCUACCUCAUGAUAUGGUUAGCCGUAAAGGGUACCAUUUCACAACCUCAAGUAUGGCAGAUGUGCCUCUAUAUCUGCAUUGGUGCCAAUUCCCAGGCCUUCGCCAACACCGGCGCCCUCGUCACCUGUGUCAAGAACUUCCCGGAAAGCCGAGGCAUCGUUUUGGGUCUCCUCAAAGGCUUCGUCGGCCUCAGCGGUGCAAUUAUAACCCAAAUCUACCAUGCCGUUUAUGGAAACGACCCCAAGGCUCUGAUUCUUCUCAUUGGUUGGCUUCCCGCUGCUAUCUCUUUAGCCUUUGUUCGAACCAUUAGAAUCAUGAAGGUGGUCAGAGGGUCCACUGAGGUGAAGGUGUUCUACAGAAUCCUCUACAUGUCCUUAGCCCUAGCUGGGUUUCUAAUGAUCAUAAUCAUUAUAGAGCAGAACUUCAAGUUCAAUCGGGCUGAGUACGGGGUGAGUGCCGCGGCUGUUCUCUUAUUACUCUUUUUCCCAAUGGUUGUCGUUAUAAAGGAAGAUAUUAACCUCUGGAAGAAGAAGAAGAAAAGAUCACUUCAAGAUGCUACUUCUUCUUCUUCUUGCCAAGUUACAGUUGAGAAACCAGUGGUGGUACCUGUGUUGCCACCGCCACCCACUCCAGCUUCAACAAAGCCAGAAGAAGUGUCUUGCCUAGCCAACCUGUUCAAGGCACCGGAUAGAGGUGAAGACUACACAAUAUUGCAAGCACUAGUGAGUGUGGAUAUGUUGAUUCUGUUCAUAGCGACUAUAUGUGGGAUAGGAGGGACAUUGACAGCCAUCGACAACUUGGGGCAGAUAGGUCUCUCACUUGGGUACCCAUCUAAAAGCACAAGCACCUUUGUAUCGCUUGUAAGCAUAUGGAACUAUCUCGGACGAGUGGUGGCGGGUUUCGUCUCUGAAAUAUUUCUCAAGAAAUACAAAUUCCCACGCCCCCUCAUGCUUACACUGGUCCUCCUCUUCUCCUGCGUCGGCCACCUCUUGAUCGCCUUCGGGGUCUCCAAUGGUUUGUACGUGGCAUCGGUGAUCAUUGGGUUCUGUUUCGGUGCACAGUGGCCUUUGCUCUUCGCCAUUAUAUCUGAGAUAUUUGGGCUUAAGUACUACUCCACGCUUUACAACUUUGGGUCAGUGGCGAGCCCGAUCGGACUGUACUUGCUGAACGUGAGGAUGGCAGGACAUCUGUACGAUAAAGAGGCGAGAAAGCAGUUGGCGGCGAAGGGGCUAAAGAGGAAGCAGGGAGAGGGGUUGACCUGCAAUGGGGUGGUGUGUUAUAAGCUUUCCUUCCUCAUAAUUACGGCGGUGACAUUGUUCGGGUGUGCCGUAUCCAUGAUUCUGGUGAUUAGGACCAGGAAAUUCUACCGCAGCGACAUCUAUAAGAAGUUCAGGGAGGCCGCAGCUGCUGCUGAGACUGAGAUGGCUCUGGACUCUAGCGGCAUCAAUGAACCAACAACCAACAGAAAUGGAAACGCGGAGUUAUGCUCUUCCACGGCGAAACCGCCGGAAACCACCGUGACCAAUAACAGAAGCAACUCAAAGACAGAAGAGGGAUAGAUAGAGACAGAGACAGAGACAGAGUAGAAUCGUUGAAAAGUCAAAUAUAAAUCGUUGAAAGGUCAAGUAGAUUAAGAUAGGAGCAAUUGAAGAGGUGUUUUCAUAAUUUCACUCCGUUGACCUCUUUUUUUUUAUUUUUUGUUUUGUUUUGUUUUUUCUUCUGUUGUAAUAUAUAUUAUAUAUACACUACUACAUGACAUAACACGUAACUCUUCUCCCAUGUUUACCACAUGGGAGCU